AUGUUCGGCAGAGCGAUACUCGAGCAACCAGAAGGACUAGCUUUCCAGGUUUGGGACGCAGACGCCGUUGGCUGGUUGCGAGAAGAAGAAUACCGUGACGACAUUGUUCGCAAGACUCGAGCAGAGAGUCUUGAGGAGUUGGCAGGAAAGCUGUCAGAGCAGGGGUUGAAAGACCCGCAAGAAUUUGUGCGUACGAUCAACGACUACAACGUAGCGGUGCGUGCACACCGAGAAGAGUAUCCUGAUGCAAAGCUUGAUCCAUCCAUCAAGGACAGUCUCUCGACACAGUCAUCUCGCGCAGCGUUGGAUCUGCCUAAAUCAAACUGGGCGUUACCUGUUGUGAAGGGGCCUUUCCUGGCCGUUCGAGUAACUUCGGGUAUAACCUUUUCGUUUGGAGGAUUGGCAGUUGAACCCGGUACGGCGAAUGUGGUGAAGAAUGAUGGGUCUCCUAUCGAGGGACUAUUUGCAGCAGGAGAAAUGGUUGGCGGGUUGUUUUAUACGAACUAUCCCGGAGGUAAGCAAAAGUCGAGACGACGAAAGAAGAGAUAA